AUGCUCGGUCAGCAGCUUAAGGUCAGUGCUACUCCAGAAGAAGACAGCAGGUCCAUCCGAGUGUCUAACAUCCCUGCGGGUCUGAGUAGGGACAAAUUGGAGAUCCACUUCCAAAGGACAUCCAAUGGAGGGGGUGACAUUGAGUCCAUCACCAUGGUAACAGACACGGAAGCAAAGAUCACCUACCUGGAUGGUGCAGCUGUGGAGACAGUUCUGGCAAGACCACAGGUCCUGAAAGGUGUUGAAGUAAGAGUUCAGAAGUGGACUCCACCAGAAGAGGACAUAAAGGAAAGUUAG